AUAUAGUGCUAAUAGUGAAACAUUUGACAGGUAGACUGGCAGCGCUCGCUUGGAUCUUUGUGCAUAUUCCAAAUAAGAUAUAAACUAAGAAACGACAAUAAGAUAACUGGCCUUUGCAGGUAUUAUUACUGAAUGUUUAUGGUUUCACAUAAAAAACAUUCAUAUUGAAGAAAACUAAACAGAAUGAGAUUUUAUAAAAAGAGAUUCAUUCUCAGCUUAGUUUUCAUUGGAUUCUGUUAUGUUUGCUAUAUAGCUUUAAUCGGAAAUAUUCCUCUAAACGACUUGGAGAUGCCAAGAAAACAUUAUGAUAUUUUAUGGACAAAAAAAUCAGAAAAAUUAGUAUUACAGUUUCAUCAGCAUUCUUAUGAUCCCUCAAAAGUAUACUCAAAUCCAGAUGACCCUUACCACGAUCGAAUUUUAGAACAAAUGCACUUUGUACCAAAUAGUUAUGACCCAUUUAGAAGUUCAGAAAAAAUAAUCUAUAUGUUUGAUGGUUUAGGCGAUUUACCAUCUGGACGAGAAAAAUUUGUGUUUGAUAAAUGUCCAGUCGAUAAUUGUGUUUUGACAGAUGAUAGUAUUAAAAUGAGCGAUGCAGAUGCUGUGUUUUUUAAAGACUCAUAUGCUGGUGAUUUUGUUAAAGACAGAAAUCCUGAUCAAAUAUGGAUACUGUAUAUGCUAGAGUCGCCUUUUCAUACUCCUGAUCUUACAACUUUCAACGGUCUAAUAAAUUGGACAGCCACCUACAGAUGGGACUCAACGCUUACGGCACCCUAUGAAAGAUUUACACUACAUAAAAACAUUUCCAUGAACAAACUAAAUACUAGGAACUAUGCCAAUGGAAAGAAAAAAAAGGUUGCGUGGUUCGUAUCCAAUUGUGGAGCAAUGAAUCAGAGAUUAGAGUAUGCUAAAGAACUUGCAAAGUAUAUAGAGGUUGAUAUAUUUGGAGCUUGCGGGGAAUUACAAUGCAACAGCUUUGACGAAAAAAAUUCGUGUUCAAAGCUCCUUCAAAGAGAGUAUAAAUUCUACUUGGCCUUCGAGAAUUCUAACUGCAGAUAUUACAUUACUGAAAAGUUCUUCCGAAAUGCUCUUUGGAACGACGUUCUUCCUGUUGUAAUGGGAGCACCGAAAGUCGAUUACGAGCAUGCUGCUCCACCGAAUUCGUUCAUUUAUGCUGAAGACUUCGAAACGCCCGAACACUUAGCUAAUUACUUGCACAGAUUAGACCAAAACGACGAUGAAUACAACGAAUAUUUCAAGUGGAAAGGAACUGGAGAUUUGAUCGAUACCAAAUUCUUUUGUCGACUCUGUUCUUUGCUGCAUGAUGAGAGUGCAACUCCGAGGUAUUACAAGGACAUUGAAAAAUGGUGGAGAACGCCUUUAACUUGUACUAGGGACAAAUGGAGUAAUUCUUCUCAUUAUAUUACUGAUUGGACUGCAACUUUUCAGUAA